GCGGCGGCGCGCGGGGACGGCGGGCGGUGCGGGCGGGAUGGCGGCGGCGGGCGGCGCGGCCCCGCAGCCGGAGCCGGAGCUGGAGCUGGAGCGGCGCGGCCCGGCGGCGGAGGGCGAGGAGGAGGCGGCCGAGGCGGAGCUGGCGGCCGAGCUGGCGGCGCGGCGCAGCGCGGAGGCGCGGCGGCUGGUGCUGUCGCCGCGGCGGCUGUCGGGCCCGCUGCCCGCCGGGCUGUCGCAGUGGUUCCCGGCGCUGGAGGUGCUGGACGUGAGCGGGACGGGGCUGGCGGAGCUGGGCGCCGAGCUGCUGGCCUUGCCGCGUCUCCACACGCUCCUGGCCAAGAACAACCGGCUGGGCGGGCCCGGCUCGCUGCCCAAGGGGCUGGGGCAGGCCCCGCUCGGCCGCUCCCUCCGCGUCCUCAACCUCAGCGGGAACCGCUUCGCAGAGGUGCCGCCCGCCCUGCUGGGGCUCCGCGGGCUGCAGAGCCUCAGCCUCGGCGGCAACCGCCUCCACGGCAUCCCGCCCGACAUCCAGGAGCUCCGCAGUUUAGAGUUUCUCUACCUUGGAGGGAAUUUCAUUACUUCAAUUCCACCUGAACUAGCAAACCUACCUUCUCUAAGCUAUCUAGUUCUGUGUGACAACAAGAUCCAGAGCAUUCCACCGCAGCUGGCACAGCUGCAUUCCCUGCGCUCCCUUAGCCUGCACAAUAACCUGCUGACUUACCUUCCUCGAGAGAUCCUUAACCUGGUUCACCUGGAAGAGCUUAGCUUGCGUGGGAACCCCUUGGUGGUUCGGUUUGUCCGUGACCUGACCUACAAUCCCCCAAGCCUUCUGGAACUGGCUGGACGCACAAUUAAAACUCGCAGUGUUCCCUACGCUCCCAGCGAUCUCCCGGAGAAUCUGGUCCGGUAUCUGAGCUUGGCCAGCAACUGUCCCAACCCUAAAUGCGGGGGUGUCUACUUUGACAGCUGCGUCAGACAAAUCAAGUUCGUUGACUUCUGCGGGAAGUAUCGCCUGCCUCUGAUGCACUACCUGUGCUCCCCAGAGUGCUCCUCUCCCUGCAGCUCUGCCUCCCAGAGCUCUACUUCCCAGAGCGAGUCCGACUCUGAGGACGAAGCCAGCGUCGCUGCGCGCAGGAUGCAGAAAGUCCUUCUGGGAUAAGAGGGAGCGGGAGGGGAAGACGGGAAGGAAAACAUGUUUGAAAAGCAAUAAUGGAAAAACGAAGCCCGAGCCUCUGGCCUGAAGGGCUCACGAGAAACUGUUCUCAAGUCGAUGUAAGGGGCAGAACAUCUUAGCCAGCCUAGACCUGCUGGGCGCAGCUGCUUAGGGAACUAACUCGGUGGCAUGCUGCCUUUAGGGUGCCUGGGGUUGUUAGAAACAUCUCCUGUCUGGGAGACACCCCCUCUCCCUCCUGUGCGCUGGGGAGGGGGAUUUGUUCUCACUGGCGGAUUGAGAAGAAUUUUCAUACGUGACACUUUGCUGGAUUUCAGUCCUCCUGCAGCGCAAAGGAGACUGUCCAGCUCUCUUAACACUGUGGUAGAUCAGAAACAGGCUAAUGAUGCCAUGUGAGUACGUACGGACCCCAAUGUUUUAUAUAGCGUUUUGAUUUUUUGCUGUCUCCUUUGAUUUCAGUUACAGAUUUUACACCCAUCCACUACAAAAUUAUUUUUUUUUUUCUGUUCAGGAGGAGAUUUUUUCCAAACUCUGGCUACUCUUCCUUCGCCUAGAGGUGUAGUGUGUCUGUGCUGUCACAGAUGUUACAGCCGUGGUAGAACCGAGCCACCUUUUUUUCUUCCUUGUUAUACCAAGCUGCUCUUAGUGUUUCCUCCUAACUGUAUUUGUUAUUUUUCCUCCCUCUGCCUCUUCCCAUCACACCUGGAGUGUUGCUGUCUUUAUGGUGCCUUCAGAAAACAGACAAGUUGUUCUGUUGAGACUCAGUAUUACUCCAGACUUGUGGCUGUACACACCUGCGCAAGGGUCCAGAUGUGAUGCUCUGCGUCAUGGUUUUGAGUCUCAGUUUACUGGAGCAAAUUUGCUUUUUUAUCUGUGAAUUGCAGGAAGGGUCUUGACUGACAUUGCUUGUUUCUGAACAGCCAUGUCCCCCGGCUGCCGCCAGCCCUGCUGUGCUUGGCGCAGAAUUACUUUCCAUCUUUAGGGUCAUCUGCUUGAAGCUGGCAGCAGCUUAAUGAAUUGGAAGUAUGGAGAGAAGUGCUGGGGUGAAUGUUUUGUUUGUUGGUGUUUUUUCUUUUUCGUAACUUGAGAGUUAAAGCUGGUAGGGAGGCUAAGGUGCGUUGUCUGAGUGUCUUGCACAAGGUGGUUUUGAAACCUCUUCCUUAUUUAUUUGUUUGCAUUUGCUCUAGUUACAAUAGCUUUGUCAGUCUGUUGGGUUGCCGAAAUAACACAUUCAGUUAUCUUAAACUGUGUUUAGAGGAAAGCUGCAGAAACCAGCUCCGAAUUUUGAAGUAUUAAGAAAUAGCUUAUAAAGGUUAGCAUUAUAAAAUGACAUAUAUCUGUAAAUGUACUUUAAGGGGCUGUUGUGUUUGGCUCAGCGAGAGCUGCCCCUUUAUCAAUAUUUCAUGGCAGACAGUCCUUUUGAUGCAGUUUCAGAUAAAGCAAAUCCAGCUGUGCCUUUGAAUGCAUGAGCAGGAGCAAAUACAUUGGGUUAAGAAGCUAAAGGAAUGAGAAAAACUUUUCUUAACCCACUUUGGCCCUACAAGGGAAAUUAAAAGCCUGUGCUCUGCUCCGGCAUUCAGAAAACACAGGUACCUAUUUGAAUGUCUUAUGGCAGCUCUGUGUUAAUGGUCCUGUUUAAUUACAUUUGACACUUUAUAUAUUAAAGCACUUUGAUAAUUCUACUCAUUGUAACUAGAUUUAGUGAUUAUUUUUGUUAGUAGUAGUAGACUACAGUGUUUCCUUUCAUGUGACCUGAAGAACGAGGUCUGUGAAACUUUGCACAUUCCAGUCUGUCAUGGUGCGCAGGUUGAUCUUCUUGCCUUGCAUCUCCUUGACAGCACUGCUCAUUCCCCAGUUUCCUUUGGAGAGAACUGGAAUUUGAAAGAAAUUAUCUGUUUGUAAAAUAGCACCCUGUCCGUUAUUAAUCAUUGCAACUUAGUACAAAGAUUUCCCACAUGCACAGAUCUGCAGGGACCUAAAUUGCACGUGCUCUGUGCCUUUCCAAAUAACUUUUUUUAUAGUCUAUUUUUAAGACACAGUAAGGUAUAUGUGCAAAGCAACUGGAUGUCACUUUAGCAGAUCCCGUGAGGUUUGCUUGGGAAGAACAACCUAUAGAUUUUGUGAGAAACCUGCAUGCUGUUGGGUAAACUGGGAUCAGAGGGUGGCCUGUACUUUGUUCUUCAUCUCCUCUCUCAGAUGAUGCUUCCUGCCCCAAGUGAAUAUUGUCAUACCAGCGCUGGAGGACAGUAAACUGAUUGCAGAGCCCCGAUUUCCAGCGAGCUGCUGAUGUAACAUUAGCGACUGUGUGAUCUAGAACUUGGCUCUUCUGCCAGGGGAAGUGAGCCACACCAGCUGAGAUCUCAAGAUCUUCUGAGCUCAGGGCCAUGAGGUACCACCUCCUCCGUCCCUCUCUUUAGCAGCAGCUCUCUGGAGGUCAUGUGUUGGUUUUUUUUACACUUCACAAAGUUAGAUUUCACCACGGUUCCUGUUGGCACACCAGCACUUCUGUGUGUGACGGGUUAGGACCGGUGGUGGCUGCUUCUAAUCUGGCUUGAUCCUUAACUGUAUUUUCUUUCCUAACUGAACAGGCAUCCCAUUUCUGCCCUUAUUCUCAGAGGGCUAACAGGCUAACCUUUUUCCACAGCUUCUUCACUGUAGCCAGGUCAAAACUUGACAGCUUACGCGGUUGAUAUCUCUACGCAUUUUUAGACUUGAUAAAACAUCUCUUAAAUAUAUAUAUAUUCCCAAAUGUAGCUACCAAGUUUUCUUUUUGCUGCUGGGCUUUAAAGUGCAAUUCAAGUAAGUCAGGAUGUAAAACAAUCAAGGACUUGUAAGAAAAACCAAUCAAUGGUUGAUUGGUUGGUUGGGGUUGGGGUUUUUUUUCCCCUCUGAGAUGUAUUUGAGAGGACCAGGGAUGCAGGUUUGUCCUGUAGUGCCUAACGUACUGAGCCCCUGAGAGUCAGCUUGUUCAGCAAUUGUUAGCCCCCAAAGACUGGAAAAUGUACUGGGCAAUAUUAUAGGUAAGACACAACUUGAAAAUACACGGCUAGGUGGUAGGGAUUAGUUCCUACCACCCCCUUCUCAGGGGCCCUGAGAAGCAGACGGUGGGUUUGCCAGCAUUACGGCUCUCUUUGUCAGCUUUAAAUAGUGGGUUUCAGUUCCUACAGAUGCAUCUGGGAGUGAAGCCUUCAGUCAGUGUUUUGGUAUCAGUCCCCUUGUUGCUACAGCAGCCCAGCACGUCUGGCUUUUGAAACUGUUCUUGAGCUGAGACACAAGUGUGUGAAGCAGAGUUGCUCAUUCCUUCCUCCCCGCAGGGCCGGGGCGCUGCCCGCAUUCAUCCCCUGCCCUUCAUCCCCUGCCCUGCCGCCGCUGCGGGGCUGGCUGCAUGCAGGUGCUCAGGGGUCACCUUAGAAAGAAGCAAAAUAUCAAUGUGACUGGAAGCAACUGACACAGUUGCCAAUUCUUUUAUGUUUCUCUUUCUUUAAUAGGAGGUGAGACUUGAGGAAGUCAGUAAUGAAUAUUUAAACAUACUCUGAAGUGGCCAGAUGCAGUUUUUCAUGGGCUUCUGUCCUGGUCAUUUUAAGUCUUUGAAACCUUGUGUUGAAUUAUAAUGGGAGUGGGGGGGAGGGAGGGGAGAACCAGCUCCUUUUUGUUCCUUGCUCUUGUUGGCAAUAAUGAAUGGAAGGAAUUUAAUCCAAUGAAAGUAAUGAAACUUAAUCCCUGCGAUGUGUCUUUGUUACCCAGUUCAAAGAACAUUUUAAUGCAUCUUAUUCACACUAUGCCCUCCCUCCCCAACUGAAGGUACUUCAAAUAGACUACUUCAGAAUGCACACUAAUGCAGCAAUAACUCUGUCUUGGAAACCUCUCUAUUGAUUAUUUCAUUUGCCUGCCUGACUAGAGGAUUGAUCUUUUACUGACCUGAACGUUAAGGCUAGAAAGGAUUCUCAUCCAGCCCUUUGGGUGAAUUUUUAUCAUGAGCAUUUGUUUUAGGCCGUCUUAAAGUGCCUUAUGUUUUUAAAAGUGUAUUUUACUAGAAAUGUAUAAAUGUAGAAUAUCUUUUAACAGUAUUUCAUUAUGAGCUGUAAAACAAAUCGCAAACACUAAACCAAAAAUGUUAUUUCUACA